AUGUCAAGCAGCAGCAACAAUAAUUCCUUUCUGACAAGCUCCAAAUGUGGUCAGGCGGCACUGACGCCAUUGGAUCCAUCGGCGAAUCGAAAGGGCGUCCUUUACAAUCUGGAAAAGCAUCAGAUUGCCAACAAGUUGCAAAGCCCCAAAAAGAAACUCUUGGACGAUGGUACGAGUGGAAUGGAAGUAUUCAAAGUGUCCAAGACUGGCGCACUCAUGACCCGUCGACUAGCCUUUUCUCCCAAUCAUCGAUCACUCUACAUUACCACCAACAAAAUUACUGGCCUCUCCUCCUUGAUCAAAUAUGUCAACCAAACCAAAAAAGAAAGUGGGGCCACGGUGAUUGACAUUUCACGGAUUGAUUCCAUAUGGAAGGGACAAUUGACUCAACGUUUUACCCAGUGCGAUGAUCCGUCCAUGGAAAAGACGUCGCUUUCGAUUCUCUUUUUGCCUUCCAAGUAUUCCUACAAUAACCAUGCCACACUGGAAACGAUUGAUUUGAUUGUUCCGGACCAACGAGAUUUUCAACUCUUGGUGACUACCUUGCAAGAUCUCAUGAUUUUGUAUCAAGUCCAAAAGCGGAGUCUGGGGAAACCCUUGAGGCUACUGGAAUAUCAUUCGGUGGAUAUGGGAAAAUCAUCCUCUUCCUUUGUGGACGCAAAUAUGGAUCGGAUAUCCAUUUCGGAAUUUUACGAAUUGUGCAGUCGGCUCAAUGCACCACCCAUCAAAUACAAGGGUAGACCCAGCAUCAAGGCCAUUAGUAAGAAAUCAAGCAUGAACUUGGUAUCCGAUCCAAUGGGAACCAUGUAUCGGGAUUUGGUAAAGGAAUUGAAGCAAAAGCAAUCCAGACAACAACAACAGUUGUCACUCCAAGAACCAUUUCCAAUGAAGCGAUCACAAUCCUUGGAUUCUGGUUAUUCCUCCCUUUCUGCCGAAAAUCAUGAAUUGCCCUUGUGGGCUCUAGGACGACUAUUGCAACGACUGGAAAACUUGUCGCAUCAGCAAACGGGUGUGGAAAAGGUACAAGACGAGCCCAUUGCUCGAUUGUGGAAUGACAUUUUGCACACCGAUCCAGUUCCCUAUAUACGUCCAGACCACAAAUCAGUCGAGACUAGCGUCACCAUGGAGGAUGAAUGGGAAGCCAGUACACAUUCGACCAUUUCCAAUGUGGCCUUUUUGUCCUUUAUCCGGAGUCACCAAAAGGAAUAUCAUGCGCAACCCAAUCAUACCUCCAACCUCAUCAAGAAACUGGAACAACAAAUAUCGACUUCGGAUGAUUUGAUGGCUCUUCAAAAGUCGUCAACAACCACAAUUCACAGCAGCAAACGUUUGGGAGUCAGGAAAGAAGAUGAAGAAGAAAUUUUUGAUAUGGACUUGAGCGUCUCGGGGAAAGACGACCGAUUGUCCAAGGUGGGGUUCAUGGAGUAUCUCUUUGGGGAUUCCAACGAAUUGAUGGAUCCAGCACGAUCGAAACAGUCGGAUGACAUGACAUACCCACUAUCGAGUUAUUGGAUCCGUACGUGUCACGAUACCUAUCUGAAUUGCGAAAAGCUGGACAGUUCGGGCAUGCCGGGUCCAGCCGGAAGUGAAAUGUACAUGAAUGCCUUGAGCCGUGGGGUGCGGUGCUUGGAAUUGGACGUUUGGGAUAGUGUUCCAAAGGAUCCGAAACAGCAAGCCUCGUCAUCCGUUCCAGCAUUCCCAGUCAUUUCGCAUCAACAGCCAUCCUAUGGCGCGCUUCCAUUUCAAGUUGUAUUGAAGAUUGUCGCGCAGUACAUUGAUGCCAAUCCAGACACCUUUCCCAUUUUGCUAAAUGUUGAGAAUCACUGUUCGUUUACCGUGCAAAAGGUCAUGGCCAAGCAAUUGUACGAUGUUCUUGGCAGUAAGGGACUGCUGGUGGUCCCAGACGAGUCACAAGCAGUGCACACCAAAGACUUGCUACCAUCUCCAGCAAGCAUGAUUGGCAAGGUGGUCGUCAUUGGCAAGCGACCCGAAGUUAUCAAGGAAGGUGCGAGGAUUGUCAAUGAUGAUUACGAUGACGAAAAUGAUGAUUUUGGACGAUUGGGUUUGGCCAAUGUUCAAUCUCGGGCAGAAGAGGACGACGAGGAAGCAGAGGCAAACAAGAACGGAAUCGUUAUUGGCUUUGAUGCUGCUGGUCCAGUACGAUCCACCGACCCAGAUCCAACUCUUACGCGGCAUACUGCCAGCGAGCUUUUGUGGAUGGCCAAGAAUGAAUUGGAAAAACGAAAAAUGAAUGCCGUCGAAGCCGAAUUGAGGGCCAACGAAGCGGCGGAGAAGGCUGCACGUUUGAAACAUGAAUUGGAUACGCUGAUUACGAGGGCUGGACUGAGAAAGGAAAAUGUGCUUGAAAUGGCCAAGAAGUUGAAUGGAGAGAGCGCCAAUCCCGAUGACUUUGAACGGUUGUUGGAACGAGAGGCGGAUGAGGGUGUGGAAGUCCAAGAGUUCUUUGCUGGUGCCGUUGAAGGUGCUCGCGACAAAUUCGCGGAAGCGGAUGCGGAGGCAAUUGCGGCAUCCGGCGAAGCCACAACAGCUCUACAGAAACUCAACGCGGCCACGAAAAAGCUGCGAGAGGCCGAAAAGGUGGUGGAGGAAGCCCGCGGAAGAAAUCGAAAGAUUAUCAACGAGUACAAACGGGCGGCCUCGCGAGCUCUGACCAUGAGAGAAGACUACAACCAGAUGCAAGAGCGAGUCAUCAAAUUGAAAGAGUUGCUACAGCAAAUGGACAAGUCAGCAUCGAGUGCACAGAAUGUCGUCUCGACAGCAGUGACGGAAGCCAAUAUCAGCGAAAAGCGUGCUGUUGAAACUGAGUCUAGAGCUCAGCGGGCUGCCAAGGGUGCCGCGGCAGAUCGUGUUGUAGCAGACGACGAGACUCAUCGCGAGGAAGUUUUGGAGAAGGAAGCUUCGAUUUAUCACGAAAAGCUAAGAGCGGCAGCCGAGAAGAUCGAUGCGAUGCAGCAAGAGACGGAGCGUUCAUCAGAGGAACUCAACAAAAUCGAGGAUCAAAUUAAGCUGCUCGAGAACAGCAGUCAAUAUUUGAGUGAGAGAGAAGAAGCUUCUGGGGAAGAGAAGAAAAUUAGCAGCCCAUCGUCAGGAAAAGCCAUGGCCCGGCAUGCCAAGAAAAUCCAAGAGCGUAACGCCAUUGCCGAAAAAAUCAAGCAACUUUCUAUCAAUAUCACUCGAGCCGAGGCUGUAAGAGUUGGAACACACCAAGAAUUUGAAGUCAAGGCGAUAGCUUGGAAAGAACAAGCAAACAUUGCAGCCAAGGCACGGAAGCAAGCCGACCGUAGCACGCAUCUGGCAGAAGACUUGGCAUCGCAUGCGGAAGAGGAACGAGAAGCAGCAAAUUUGCGAAGAAUAGCUCGUGAGAGGGCUCAAUCGAGUGUCUCCUCGAGUGGGGAAAAUCGAGAAAGUUUGAAAGCCCAACUGAAGACUGCAGAGAAGCAAGUGCUAGAAGCAAAGUUAAAAGCGGACGAAGCGCGUCUUGAGGAGAAGCAUUUGUCACACUACAACGAUAGUUUGGAAAACAACGAUGGCCUUGAGGAAAACUUGGAGCGACAAAAGGAAGAACGUGAUGAAGCACUGCGUGCUUAUGAAGAGAAAAAGGUUAUUCAAGAAUUGACUGACGCAAAGGCAUCAGAAGCCAGAAGACUAUUUGACACUUCAGAAUCGGUGUACAAGGACGCAAUGAGAAAUGCUUCCAAGGAGAAGGUAUUCCAGAACACUCAAAAGCACAAUGAUCGAAAGGUGAUCAUCAAGUUUAAUCAAUCUACUCUGGCUUAUAACAAGGCAGAACAUGAGCUCGAAAAGGUACGAUAUACUCAGUCGCUUGUCGAUGAACAAGAACUGAUCGUUCAAAGAGCAAAGGAAUUCAUGGACAAGACGGAGCGAGUUGCUGAAAUUCCCACGUCGUUGGCAAAGAUGACCUUUUUGAAUACCACCAAAUUCCGUGCUUGGCCAAAGAGUUUUGCCCAACCAAACACAAAUGUCCACAGCUUUGCACAAGAUGUUCUUGAAAAGAAAAUCUUUGAUAAAGAAAGUUCCGAUGCAAGGAAAUUGAAAGAGUUCACAUUGGAGCAUAUGUGUCGUACCUUCCCACCAUGGAGGGCCACAAAUACUCGCAGCGAGUUGAACUAUGAUCCAAUGUAUCAAUGGGCUCUAGGUUGCCAACUUGUGGCAAUGAACUCGAGCACGUUUGACAAGCAUAUUUUACAGGCAGAUGGACGAUUCCGCACAAAUGGAUCUUCAGGAUAUGUUCUCAAGCCUUCAUUCUUGCGACACCUAAACUUGCAAAAUGAAGACAAGGCAACAUGGAACAUUCGGGUUCUCUGUGGGGCCUACUUGCCUUCUCCGAAAACCAAGAAGCAUGGUGCUCGGGUCAACCCGUAUGUGAAAGUAUCAGUGUAUGGGCCUACCAAAGAGGAAACUCAAUUCACAACAUCUGUAGUGAAUAACAAUGGCAUCAAUCCUGUGUGGGAUGACAAGGAAGGUUUCGAAUUCUCUUGCGAUGUACAGGCGAUGUCCAUUCUUGCCUUUUCCGUUUGGGAUAAGGGCCGCUCUGACGGCCGCGAUGGACUGAUUGGCGCUGCGGCAAUGCCAGUGUCGUGUAUACGAGAAGGAUACCGCAGCGUGGUUCUGUUUGAUGAAUAUCAUAGCCGAGUUGGAGCCCACGCCUUUUCCUCAUUGUUGGUUCAAGCAACCAAACGUGACGGACGAUAA